AUGGCUCCUAGUAUAAGGGACAUUCAGCUGGACCAUCACGCUCUCUCAGAUGAGUACGCGGUUCCAUCUAAAGCUCGAUUAUCGGCAAUGGCUUGUGCUGCCCCCCAAGCUCGUCCGAGCUUCCAUGAACUGCCCCUGCAUCCCGAGCAUCCGAAGGCUUCCGCUUGGGGAGUAUGGGGUGCGGACGAUGAGCGUGGCACAUUGAAUCUGUUGACUGAAGAGGUCACUCGUUAUGCCGCUACUGAGGUUACACUCGGCAGUCUGCCUCUUGAUAUUCCUCAGAAGCCCAUGAAUCCUCGGCGUAAGAGAUGCUCGCAUUAUAUCCAUGCUAAGGGAUAUGCCAACGACGAUGAGCUUCAUAUCAACACCCAGAGCUCCAGUCACUGGGACGGACUCCGGCAUUACCCUUAUCAGGGCACUCUCGAGUACUAUAACGGCGCCACACAAGAGGACAUCUCAGGCCCAAACGCAAACACCAAAAUCGGCAUCCAAAACAUGAAACCUAUCGUCACCCGCGGGGUCCUACUAGACUGGUACUCCUACGCCAAGCGCGAAGGACACCCCAUCUCGCCCUUCAAAAACAGCGCCAUCCCCCUCUCCCACCUGCAAGCCAUCGCCGCCGAAGCCGGCAUCACUUUCCGCCAAGGCGACGUGCUCCUAAUCCGCACCGGCUGGACGGCAGAGUACUUCAAGCUCUCCGACGCCGAAAAGGAGCACCUGGGCGGGCGCGACGACCGUGCGUCCUGCGGCAUCGAGGCCACCGAGGAGAGCAUUCAGUGGCACUGGGACCAUGGCUUUGCGGCCGUGGCCAGUGACACGGUUGCGUACGAAGCGUGGCCGUCGCCGAAGGUGUGGGGCGUGAGUAUGCACGAGGUGUUUCUGAGUGGAUGGGGAAUGCCGAUUGGGGAGCAGUGGGAUCUAGAGGAAUUGAGUUCUGUCUGCGCAGAAUUGGGACGCUGGACGUUCUUGUUGACCAGUCAGCCGUUGAAUGUGCCUGGUGGAGUGGCUAGUCCGGCUAAUGCGACGGCUGUUUUUUGA